UAUGUAUUCUAGUAGUCGUACCCAAUUGUUGUAAUGGGCCUUCAAAGGCCUCUUGUAGUAAUGGGCCUAUUAAUUUGUAAAUAACCAAACCCGAAGUUUCGUCUCCUGAGUCAUUUCACGACUGAUGUUUUUCUUCUCCGACGCUACAAUCGGUGUCUGUUUCCGAAGUUGUUCGUUCCAUUAGAGCUUCAGAUUUCGUCGUUUGGCUGAAGAAAAUGUUCAUCAAAGUGAAAUUGCCAUGGGAUGUUACGAUUCCAGCUGAAGAUAUGGACACUGGCCUUAUGCUUCAGAGAGCUAUUGUCAUUCGUCUACUCGAAGCCUUUUCUAAAGAGAAAGCAACAAAAGAUCUUGGAUACUUGAUAACACCGACAAUUCUUGAGAACAUCGGUGAGGGUAAGAUCAAGGAACAGACCGGCGAAAUUCAGUUUCCCGUAGUUUUUAACGGAAUCUGCUUCAAGAUGUUUAAAGGAGAGAUUGUUCAUGGUGUGGUGCACAAGGUUCACAAGACUGGUGUCUUUUUGAAAUCUGGCCCUUAUGAAAUCAUUUACCUAUCACACAUGAAAAUGCCUGGUUACGAGUUCAUUCCAGGCGAGAACCCGUUUUUCAUGAAUCAGUACAUGUCCCGGAUUCAAAUCGGUGCCAGAGUUCGUUUCGUCGUGUUAGAUACCGAGUGGAGAGAGGCAGAGAAAGACUUCAUGGCUUUGGCUAGCAUCGAUGGAGACAAUCUUGGUCCGUUCUAAAAAGAUUGUAAUCUUAAUUUUCACUCUAUAUAUACAUGUUAUGUAAAAACGCUGUUCAAUGAAAAUGAUCAAUCUUUAUUCAAA